GACUUUACUCCAAAAACUUCAAAUAUUUCCUCUGAAAAUGGCUUAAAGUACGCCUAAUAAUUGCGUGAGAUCUAGAAAAUGACUCAAUCAAUCGUUGUACAAGUGGGACAAUGCGGCAACCAGAUUGGUUACAGAUUUUGGGACCUGGCUCUUCGAGAACAUGCAAAUACAAAUAAGAAUGGAAUAUUUGAUGAGUCAAUAAACAGUUUCUUYCGAAAUGUUGAUACAMGAUAUGAUAGAGACAUCCCUGUGGGGAAUUCAAAAGGCAAAAUAAAGUCAUUGAAAGCAAGAGCAGUGCUAAUUGACAUGGAGGAGGGUGUGGUUAAUGGAAUCCUUAAAGGGCCAUUACGAGAUGUCUUUGAUUGCCAACAGCUCAUUACUGACGUCUCUGGCUGUGGUAAUAAUUGGGCAACAGGCUACAUGAUGUAUGGAGAACAGUACAGAGAACAGAUAUCAGAGACCAUAAGACAUGCAGCUGAACUGUGCGACUGCCUGCAAUGUUUCUUUCUCAUCCAUUCMAUGGGAGGGGGUACAGGUUCUGGUCUUGGUACAUAUGUACUUAAUCUUCUUCAUGAUGAGUAUCCAGAUGUCUACAGGUUCACUACUGCUGUGUAUCCUUCAGCUGAUGAUGACGUCAUCACCUCUCCAUACAACAGUGUUUUAGCCAUGCAUCAAUUAACAGAAUAUGCAGAUUGUGUUUUACCAGUGGAAAACCAGGCCUUAGUGGACAUUUGUAACAAAGUACAAAGUGCUCUCCCACCAUCAAAGACAGGCAAAAAGGUGCAGAUCACCUUAGAUGGACCUCUUAAAGCAAAGGCAAAGAGUGCAAUAACAUGYAGCGAAGGGGGAAUUACUAAAGGCCCUGACAAACCAUUUGAUUCUAUGAACAAYAUAGUUGCMAACUUGAUACUAAACAUGACCAGUUCAGCUAGAUUUGAAGGAUCUUUGAAUGURGACUUGAAUGAAAUCACCAUGAACCUUGUACCUUUUCCUAAACUCCACUACCUAGUCUCAAGUCAGACCCCCCUGUAUGCGCUGACUGAUGUAAARCUCCCCCCUAGAAGACUCAAUCADAUGUUCACCGAUGGAUUCUCCAAGGACCACCAACUCAUCAAAGCUGACCCUAAACACAGCCUUUACCUGGCGUGUGCUUUGAUAGUAAGAGGAAAUGUUGAAGUUUCAGACAUUAGAAGAAAUAUUGAGCGAUUGAAGCCAUCUUUGAAGUUUAUUUAUUGGAAYCAGGAAGGAUGGAAGACAGGACUGUGUUCAGUUCCACCAGUUGGUCAUCCUUAUUCAUUACUAACACUUGCAAAUAAUUCUUGUAUCAAGAAUACUUUUCAUGAACUUAAGGAUCGUUUUAUGAGACUCUACAAGAGAAAAGCACAUGUACACCAUUAUACYAAUAUUGGUGGGUUAGAUGCGGGUCAGUUUGACACUAGUAUAGAAUCAUUGAMCUCGUUAAUGGAYGAGUAUACUUCGUUAGAGUCCAAUGCUGGGAAUAUUGUACAGUGCGUAGAAAGACUAAAGAUUGCAUAGAUUUAUUUUGUCAUAUCACCAGCACCAGACAAACAAGAAACAUUGGAUCAUAAAAUAUUGGAUGACCCCAUGGUUUAUAUUCUUAAGGCUGGAUACUGUUUCUCUCUCUGCUCUCAAGAAGUUCUUUUUACGAAUCUUAUAAAUAUCUGCUACUUACAGCUAAGAAGAAUGUUUUUAUCUCAGAGGGUAUUUCCACAGAGAGAUAAGAGAGGAAUGGGCAACAGACUUGCAUGUCCCUGGUUUCCCACAGAUAAACAACGGGCCUUUUGCAUGAAACGAUCACAUGGUACUAAAUCCUCCAUACUGGAUGGCAAAAGAAUGUAAACAACCCCAAAAAAAGGAAUGCAUGCCAUCAAGCUUGACUUUUCUUGGUUUUGAACAUCCCAGUAGGUAUUUUCCCAUCCAGUAUUAUGGUGAAUUCAGUACCAUGUGACCAUUUCAUGCAAAAUACCUAUUACUGUUUUGACACUGUUUGAUUAAACUCCUAUAGUUAAUUUGAUGAGAGACCAGCGAGCUUCCAACAAAAGGUUUCUGUAAUAACAUGCUCACCAGUCAUUUUGCUUCAAUGCAAACACACAGCUAYCUUCUUUCAAUGAUGGUGUGCAAAACUUAGAGAYCCAACUCAGCUAUGUGGUUUCUCUGACAUUGCCAUCAAACUCAAAACUAUGAAUGCUGUGGAGGCAUUUAMGUUUGGUAAACCAAACUUGUACAUAUAGCAAUCAACUCCUCCCCAAAGGACGCUACUGAGGUWUAUUGUUUCUUAUAUUAAAAGACAACAACUGCA